CCACCGGAAGUGGAAUGCCGGACUGUAAAAAACAAACACAUGGCUGCUGCGGGACUGACUCCAGACAUGUCAAACGUCAGUGUUUUACAGUUUCCCGCGGACUCCUCGACUCUCCCUGAAGGUUUCUGGUCAGCCGUGGACGUGUGGAUAAAGAAACCUCACGUUUUAAACAAGCGUCUCUGUGGAGUUACGGAGACGCUGAGUAAAGAAGCUGAAAAUGUGCGGAACCUUCUGGAUGAUGUUUCGGUUCAUGGAGUGUCCUCUCAGGUGUUGUCCUUUCUGUCCAGUAAAAACUCCAAUGCUGUGACUCAGGAAAACCACAAACCCGUGUCCCGUACUGUCAGGACGUUUGUUCCCAAAGUGAACAGUUAUGGAACAAGGUUGCAGAAAGAAGUUGUCGUGAGAGACUUUGGCCGACAGCAGGUGACCUUUGUUCCCCUGGAAGAGGAUGCAGACGGACAAGUAUCCCUGAAGGAGGACAAUGUUUAUCAGAUUCAGCUCUGCAGUCAGGACUGUGAGGGCUGGUUCUUGGAACUCCAUAUCCUGUCUCCAGGCACAUGGUUCUCUGAUGGCGUUGUUUACCCCAGGCUGCCCUGGCUGACCUCAGAUCUGCUGCCGAAACUGGUGCGAUGGGCCAGCGAGUGCAAGAGCAGCGAGUUCAAGAGCACUCUGUCACUGCUGCCGGUGGAGAAAUACAGCCUCAUGUACCAGCAGCUGAAGGACAAGUACAAGGCCAUGGUCAAGGUGUGGCCCGAGGUGACAGAUCCAGAGAAGUUUGUGUAUGAGGACGUCGCCAUCGCCACCUAUCUCUUGGUGCUGUGGGCCGAGGAGCAACAGGAGAAAGGUUUCACCCACAGACAGUCGUUUGUGGACCUGGGCUGUGGUAACGGCCUCCUGGUUCAUAUACUGACCAGUGAAGGGCAUCCCGGGAAAGGCUUGGAUGUUCGCAGGAGAAAGAUCUGGGACAUGUACGGCAGCCAGACUGUGUUGGAGGAAAAGGCAAUUACUCCCAGUGAGAGCUUCUUGUUCCCGACUGCAGACUGGCUGAUUGGGAACCACUCGGACGAGCUCACACCGUGGAUCCCCAUUAUAGCAGCCAGGUCGUCUUACUCCUGCCGCUUCUUCGUCCUCCCCUGCUGUUUCUUUGACUUCUAUGGAAAGUACCAGAGACGCCAGUGUAAGAAGUCCCAGUAUAAAGAGUACAUUGAUUUCAUCACCCAGGUCAGCCAAGUCAGCGGCUUCAACACGGAGGAGGACUGUCUGAGGAUACCCUCCACCAAACGGGUGUGCCUGGUUGGAAAGUCGAGGAACUACCAGUCCUGUGAGGAGGCAGACGCCGAGCGAAGACGAGCUCAUUACAUUCAGAGCCGGCAGGCUUCACCUGGGGUCAGAGGUCAGAGGUCAGACUUCAGAAAUGAUGAGGACCUUUCCCAUGAGAAUGGAGCCAGAACCUGUAGUGGCAGCUGGGGCGUGGGGUUUCAGCCGAGGGACAGGGUGGAAUCUGUCCGAAACUGCGCCAAUCUCCCCCGCGACUUUGUUGACAGUGUCGUCCUGCGAGUCGCAAAUGUUCUUCUGGGAAUGACGGCGAAAGACAAUGGCGGAUGCUCCACUGACUGGAACCAAGGAGGCAGCCUCUCCGUAAGCGAGGUCGCAGGUUUGAUGGAGCAGGAAACGCUGCAGCUCCUGAAGAAGGAGUGUGGAGGCCUCCAGACGCUGCUGAAGAACAACCAUCAAGUCUUCAGAGUGGAAGGAGGGAGGGUGUAUGUAAGGGACUGGAGGGACGGGAAGUCCAUCAGGGUGGACACCAAGAGAAAACCUGUGGCUCCCGGGGCCGUUAAAACUCGUUUCUGCUGGUUUCACACCCACCACCCUCAGGGCUGCCCCCUGCUGACACAACAAUGUUCCUUUGCCCAUGGACCUGAUGACCUACGACCCUCGACCAGACCGCUAAAGAGGAGAAAGGGCGAACUUCUGCUGAACGUUCUAAAUGAAGCAAACUUUGGUUUGGACGACGUAUGAUCCGUUUAACUGGUUUCAUUUUCAUUUCUUAGAAAAAGUCAAAGAUGUGAAUAAUCACAGUUUUGUCCUCCUGAUAUUUCUUACGCCACCUUUUUAUUUCAGCGCAGGUUUCACUGUGACUUUUGCUUAAAUUUAAUCUGUAAUUCAAUCAAUACGUGGACUUUUCCAAUGAUGUCUUCCGACUGUAUUCUACUGAAGCAGAUUCCAGGCGUCGUGGUGGAAUUUGCGAAGUGCUAAUGUUAUUUGACAGAGUUUUCAUAGAGGUGAGGUUCACAGACAGGGCAGCCUUUGAACAGAGUAAAUGUUAGUGGUAUGAAUUAUUUGUUGGCUGGAGUCGCGGGCUGAGCUGCGUGUCGUCCCCUCUGAACAGACGCUCGCUGUUGUGUCUCUGUAACACUGUGUGUGUGCGGACGGUGGCUCAAAUGUCAACGAGUCCUGAGUGUUUUCUCAGGACAGUGACCAUUAGGCCAAUGAUACGACAGGUCUGACCGUCACAUCUCGUUGACUUAUCAAACUAAACACACAGUGACUAAUAUGUUCGUCGUUGUUGUUCAGUGUGUUGAUUCUCAAUACAGUGUGUGUCGGACAGUUGCUCAUAAUUAUAGGUUUCUUGGGAUACAUUUUUUUUUUACACAUAUCAUUUUUUUAGUCCAGUCUGUUUAUAUUGGUAAAAACAGUCAACAGAAACACCAUUAAGAACAAACAAUUCAUGUGUUUACAUGCAAUAUGAGAGAAUUGAUUCCAACUUUAUUUUGUUAAAUUUUUCUUAAAAUAAAAAAUAACUUUAAUUAGUUGUAGAUUUUGUAUUGUGACUUAAAAAAGGAAGACAUUUUUAUAUGAAUUAUUUUAUUAUAUAUAAUAUAAUAAUAAAUAAUACUAUUAUAUUAUAUAUUAUUAUAUAUAUACAAUAAUUUAUUUUCUGCUAGUUCUCAGCUGGGUUUAUUUGUUUUGGGCUGCUUUAGCAAAUGUUAAUUUGUGUUUUCGACAUCUUUUUUGACUUCACACGUUCUCUCCUGCUGUGUCUUCAUACGGACAAUACAAAUCUAGGCAUUUUGACAGUUGACUAAUCAUCUCGGUUUGGUCUUACCUGGUUAACAUUUUGACAUUUGGAUAAUUCAGACAUCAUUGUGCUGGUGUGUCUUUUCAUUUAGGCAAAAACCAUGAAAUCCCUGGAAGAAAAUGACAGUAAUUUGCAUAGAAUUAUGCUUUUUAGGAACUGUCUGUGUAAAGACCAUGAGCCAAAGUGUCCAUUUUUCUUAUUCCUCUUCUUGUCUGUGUUUUUUUUUCUCCUUUCACCAGUAAAAAUCCAUUUACUGUUGGGUGAAUAGGAAAAGCUAAGACAGGUUAACAGACUGAAUGCCUCGGUGUCUCCUGGGGCUCAUUGGCUUAGUCCUUGACUGUCAGCAAACAUGCACAUUUCAAUUUACUGGCUCUAAUCACAAAUUCAGCGCAGGGAUUAAAAGUCUGCAGUAGAAAGAACCCUGAUAUAUUUCUGGUCGUUGGUUGCGAUAGAUUUUGGCAGUGACGGCAAAAACGAGGCUUCAGCUGCGAUGGUCAAAAAAAGACACACGAGCUGAAGGUGUUGCAGCACUCGCUGCCUCAGUGUGUUGGUGUCAAAGUAAUUUCCACCCCUCGUCUGUUCUCCCACUGCCACUCUCCCUCACCUCCCUCCUCCCUCGUGUCAUUACCCUUCUCGGAAGUAAUCAAUUCAUGAAAAUACUCCGACUGCUGCAGGUCUGCAAAGAUCAUCGCACACCAAUCGACCUGCUGCCCUACAUUUUUACUACCCAAGAGUGUAAUGUGGCCUGCGGGAGCAGAGUUGUCCACCUGACAGACCCAGUGUCCCCACUCACACUCUCAAUGUGACCUUUUGAACCACCUCCACUCCUCGUGACGACCACCCAAUAAUCAGUCCACAUGAGUCAUGUUUACGCUCCACCCUCCAUCAGCGUCCGGUAACUGAGUCUUGGCUGACGAUAAAGCUUUUCAUGUUCCUUCCACUGAGCAACUAGUGCUAUAUUUUGGCAAAUGUUCUGCCGGUUCUGGCCUGAUCUGUUUACUUGUGAUAACCUUUGGGUAUUUCUAUGCUAACAUUUAGCACUUAUUUACGGUAGCUGAUUUGUAACUAUUUUGAGUUUGGGUCAGUAUUUAGUUGUCUUUAUGGAAGAUGAUUUAUAUGUUGGUAUUAGGUUUAGAUUUCAGACAAUUCCCAAUUGUUUUGCUAACAUUUUCUCUUGAAAUGUUUCCAAAUAUAAAUCAUUGUUUUAUUUUUUGAUAAUAUUUUUUAAAAUUGACUUAAACUUAGAUGUAUUGUUUAAAACAGACAGAAUAGAGGUAGAAACCCAGGAUAUUUCUGACCCAAGCUUUUUUUGGGGAUGAACUUUUUUUGCAGUUACAGCCCCAGCAGUGUUCUGUUUCACUGGCUGGACUUGAUGGUCUUUGUUACGUUGUGACCUUUUAGCCUUUACCUAAAGGCCACACAUUUGGGAUAAUUAAUUUACUGAAAUAUGUCACUAUGACAAAGAUACACUGAAGUAAAACAGAAACGGAGAAAGAAAACCAUAUAAAUCAAAUCCAAUAAGUACGAAAUGAAAUUUCUCCACCCCAGGACACUCGUGACUCAGUGUCCCUCAUAAUUCUUCUAAUAAUAGAUUGUGUGACUAAGGAAAUGUGGAAAACAAAGGAAUAUUUCUGAAUUUCUUUUUUCCCUGAGAAAUCAUUAACUUCUGUUAGUUUGAGCUCCUUGUUGUUGAUUCAGAGAGGUGGACGUGAGUCGAGAUCACAGCUGGAAACUCUCGGUCUAAUUGGUUUCAGGACAACAGGACAAUGAUAAUGGCUUUACUUUCAGAGUCUGGUUUCAAGCUACGGCUGCAGCUGCUUUUACAGUUACAUGAAAUGUGGCCUUUGACCAUUUUGAGUCAUCACUCAAACAAUUAUGUCUUUAUUUUUAAGCAGGUUUUCUAUAUAGUUUUAGGCUUGAAAUAUCAAACUUUUAGCUUCAAAAACCUGGCAUUUUUGCUCAUAGAAAUGUUUUAGUGAAUCCUGAGCUUGAGGUUUACAUUUGAACCAAUUUUUUGACAAUAAUUUAACGUAUGUCUUUCAGCUUACCAACUGUUAUGUUUAGUUAAAGGUGGUCUUUCUUUUCAUCUAUCUGUCCUUCGUACAUUUUGUUCGUGUUCUAUGGAUCUGCUUCUGGCCAACAUUUCAAUAUUGUCAUAUCCCUUCUCUAUAAUAUGGACCUUCUAAUCUAUAUUAUGCCAUAUGUGUUUUCUUCUGUAGUGUGUAGAGUUCAGUUUAUUUUUAAAAUCAUUUUUUAGCUCGGUUUCACAGUUUUUGCUAUAAUUGUGGCUAAUGUUUAGCUUAUGUCUUUUAUAUAUUUUUUAGUUAUUAGUUAUUAAUUUUUUAGUUUGUAGUUAUUUUGGCUAAGUUUGCGACAUAGUUUAUAAUAGUUUGGGUUGAAGUUAUGUUUAUUUCAUACUGUAUUUGUCUGAAAGAAAAGGGAAAAAGAGCUGAGAGGAAACUAGCAGAGCAACGCAGGCACUGAGGGAGCACAUUAGCACACAGACUAAAUAUGCUUUCCAUGCCUGGAAACUAGGUCAUUGAGAAGUGUGUGUGUGUGUGUUUGCCUAAACCAACAAAUUUCCCUGUGUUUCCCUUAUGUUUUAUUCAUUGUGGCAUCAUGGGAUUAGAUGUAAUGCGCUGUCUCCAGGACAACAUUUUGGGGGUGUAGAAAGGUAGUUGUGUAAAACUAUGGCCCCAAAAGCCAAGUUUGACUGAUGAAUUCUUUAGUCUGAACUGUUACAGACCCCCCAAAAACAAACAAAAAAAAAGAAAACAAACCAUAUCCACCCUUUAUGACUCUGAGCUCUGUGAAGGAGUGACAGAUUAUUAAUACUAUGUCGUGAUGUCUCUCUUGCCCUGUGUGUCUUUCUACUCUGUCGUCCCCGUCUGCUCUUUCAUGCAGCAGACAUUGUCAUCAUCACAUUGGGAAACUUAUUAUCAAAUAUUCUAAUAAUAAAGUGUAUAAUAUUCUGUGAUUAGAAUGAAUCAGACUGAAAAUGGGAAUAACUCUGAUUGUAUCUGCCCUCUAAUCCAAAUGUCUGGAUUUUGACUUAUACAUUUACAUUCAUUCAUUUAGCAUAACCAUUUUAUCCAGUGCGACUUACAGGAGAAUUUACAAUCAGACCUCUUGAAAGGAGGCCACUAGUUAGGAAAGUUGGUUUCAUAACUAGGGUGGGAAUGAUGUGGUGGAGACAAGUGCAGAGGAAGAAGGAGAAGAAGAAAAAUACAGGAAAGUUGUGGGACUUAAAAUCCAUGUAGAUCAUGAAGAGUAGCUUUGCUUCUUGUCUUUGGCUGAAAAGAGUGACAACUGGUGGAAUAACAUUUCCAUUAUAUAGAAUUAGCACCUCCUGCAAGGAAACCUUAUAGCCUUUGGCAAACUACAGCCUUUUCUGCAACGCCACCCUUUUGAAAAUAGGAUUAUUGUUGGUCCCACCCUCUCCACCUUGAUAUGCUCAUAUUUGUUUUACUUUGAAACCCCACAGAACUUUUCAUUUUAAAACUCUGUAAACCCAACAAAACCCAUAGAAUUACUAAUCAGUUCAUUUCCUCCACUGUGGGUAAGAUUUAAAGAAUAUGACCGUUAAAGUUGGAUUAGAACACCAUGUCACAUGUUAUGUAGUAGGUUCAUGCCCCCUCAUGGGGUUCAGCCCCUCACUUUGGGAACCACUGGAUAAACUCCAUAUGAACAGCUGCGCUGACAUUUUGGUGAGAGAAUAAAAAAAAAAAAAUCAGUGGUGACACUGGUGGAUGGUAAUGUUGA